AUGGAGGUGAUUUUGCAAGGGACUGGGACAAGUUCCGCUCUGCCUCUCAUCUCAUGUGUGACGCAAUACAAUGUCCCAUGUAACACAUGCUGGUCAUCAUCCCUACCACAAGGCAGGCAAAAUAAUCGAAGAAACACUGGCGCGUACUUGAGGCGAAUUGGAGAGGAUAGUGUGGUUGUCAUAGAUGUCGGGAAGGGCUUUCUUGCGAGCGCUCUUGAGUGGUUUCCAAAAUAUAAACUUAGGAAGAUCGCUGCAGUUGUGCUUACACACGCUCACGCCGACGGUUGGACUCUACGCGGGAUUCUACAGGAUCACAUAGACGUCCACUUAUCUAGAGCAACAUACGAGGAAGUCAAAAGGGCAUUCCCCUACCUCAUCGCAAAGGAGUUUGCUACAGGAGGUGGAGACGUAGGUGUUUCUGCUGACUCCAAUUCAUUCGUUGCGUCCAGCUCACACUGCCCUGUCAACUUUAUUCUCCGUUCCUUCUUUCUUAUUGGUGGGGCGUCCACCCCGCCGGACCUUAAAAACCCCCAACGAAUCUUAAAGGUCCCAGAAUUCAAAUACCAUAUUUUCGAAGAGGCUGUGCCUUUCACUAUUGAUGGCCUGUACUCCUUAGUCCCAUUAGCCGUCCACCACGGUCGAUUUUUCAGUACCCCUGCUCCGGCGACGCCUCCAACGCUUACCAAUGAAUCACCAUCGUCUGUUGUGGCUGACAAGGGGGCAGCUGGAGCUCCGCCUAUGCAACUCGGUAUCCAUUUGGCGCCGGAACCGGAUUCGUCUCCGUAUAUUGCAUACGGGUUUCUUAUCCAGCUUCUUUCAUCACCCUUAUCUUCCCCACUGAGGGUAGCGUCAACAGCCGGCGGCAGGUCUAUACCGGCGGCAGAAACAACAGGAAUUGGACCACUAAGCAACGUAAUUGAAAACCCUGGGCAGGAGGUGUUGUGCACAUCUGCAGCCACUCCCUCCAUAGUCUACAUCUCAGAUGUUUCUUUCAUACCGGAAACCUUCCCUACCCCACGAAACAAACGACUCCAUUCCGGCCCUCAACUCGCCCAGCCAUCAUGUCUCUCCAACUUCCUCUCCACGGAUCACAUACCGAAAUCUAAGGACGCAACAUUUCGCCCAAGCGCAACCCUUCUCAUCUUAGACUGCCUCCGCACGAGUCCACACUCCUCCCACUUCGGUCUCCUUCAAACGCUCCUUACAGCUCACCGAAUUCGUCCACGACGCACGUAUCUCGUUGGAUUCGGACAUGAGCUCACCCAUGCAGAGUGGACGCUCAUCGGAGAGAUUUUACAACGUUUCUCUGCUCCUUCCAAGCCAGUCAACGACAGUAAGGGAGCGAUUGUCAAGACGCUCGAAGAGAUGAGCUUCGACGAGAGUUGGGAGGCUCCCGGGGGAGGAGUGAGGAAACGGAUGAUUGAACCGGCUAUGAAAGUCUUGGGAAAAUACUUAAGACACGUGGAGAGGUAUGCAAAUGUGGGGGAGGGGUUGUUUGUGAGACCCGCUUACGACGGUAUGAGGGUUGUUGUACAGGAUAGUGAUGUAUCUGAUGGGUGA